GAUCUAGGUACUGGAAGAGAAAAGGUGUGGCCUUUUCUGAACUGCAUCUUCACGAGACAUCCUUGAGCACCUUUAUUCGUUCUGGCUUAUCUCUUCUGAAGUCAACAACACCAGCGUUUUCAGCUCGCUUCUGAAGGGUGCCCAGAGGAGAGGAGGAGGAAGAAGAAGCGUCUCCUUCCUGACGCUGCGCGCGCGCGCCCUUUUUCGCUUUCCUGCCGCCAUUUGUAUCCUCCAAGAAGCUAGCGUCAGCUGGGUUCGUGGCACGCAUGGUUUGGACUUUGGAUAGGGUAGCGAGCGCGUACGAUUGGGUAGGCAUCAAGCCUUUGCAUGGGCAUGAGCACUUGGGAUCUAUUUAGCUUGGUGUGAAGUACAAAUACUUUGCUUUGGAUCGAGUCAUUAGUAUCUAAGUGUAGUGCUAGUGCGGCGAGCAAUGCUCGUGGUGGUGGCGCGGCCGUCGUCCGGCGUGUCGCUCCGUCGUAUUGAUACCGGUGCCGGCAUGCCGUUUGCGUCGUGCGAUUCUUGAUACGCCGCCCCAUAUGCUUUCUUGUUUCCGGCUGCCGCGGCCGGCCGCCGGGGACACGGACCAGGCCGCGGCGUCUCCCCGGCGGCCGUCGCUGCCGUUCGCGACGAGCCUGUUCGCGGCGUCCCCGUCGACGUCAGGGAGGGGGAAGAGCCCGUGGCCGUCGGAGGCGGACGACAUGGAGAAGAAACGGUGGGACAGCAUGGAGUCGUGGUCGAUGCUGCUGGACACGGCCAUGGGGCCGGCCGGUGAGGGAUCCAGGGACAGCGGCCGGCGGGAGGAGUGGAUGGCCGACCUCUCGCAGCUCUUUAUCGGCAACAAGUUCGCCUCCGGCGCCAACAGUCGCAUCUACCGUGGCAUCUACAAGCAGCGCGCCGUCGCCGUCAAGAUGGUGCGCAUCCCAGAGCGCGACGAGGCCCGCCGCGCCGUCCUCGAGGACCAGUUCAACUCCGAGGUCGCCUUCCUCUCCCGCCUCUACCACCCCAACAUUGUGCAGUUCAUCGCGGCGUGCAAGAAACCGCCGGUGUACUGCAUCAUCACGGAGUACAUGUCCCAGGGGACGCUGCGGAUGUACCUAAACAAGAAGGACCCGUACUCGCUGUCGCCGGAGACGAUCCUGAAGCUGGCGCUGGACAUCUCGCGGGGCAUGGAGUACCUGCACGCGCAGGGCGUGAUCCACCGCGACCUCAAGUCCCAGAACCUGCUGCUCAACGACGAGAUGCGCGUCAAGGUGGCCGACUUCGGCACGUCCUGCCUCGAGACCCGGUGCCAGGCCACCAAGGGCAACAAGGGCACCUACCGGUGGAUGGCCCCCGAGAUGACCAAGGAGAAGCCCUACACCCGCAAGGUCGACGUCUACAGCUUCGGCAUCGUGCUCUGGGAGCUCACCACCUGCCUCCUCCCCUUCCAGGGCAUGACGCCCGUCCAGGCCGCCUACGCAGCCUCCGAGAAGAACCUGCGGCCGCCGCUGUCGAGCUCGUGCCCGCCAGUGCUGAACAACCUGAUCAAGAGGUGCUGGUCGGCGAACCCGGCGAGGAGGCCGGAGUUCAGCUACAUCGUGUCGGUGCUGGAGAAGUACGACCACUGCGUCAAGGAGGGGAUGCCGGUGAUGGUGCACCAGGAGCUCAGGAUCUGGCGCUCCUUCGCCAAGAUCUUCAGGGUGGGAUGCGUCACCAACAACUUGUCCAUACCGGUGCAUGCAUGAUCCGUCACCACACCACGUAACGUAUGCUGAACUAUCGUAACAAUGCCUACACCUCCUCCUCCUGCUGUUACUAUUUGUCUCUGCUUAAUUUGUCUGAGAGACUAGGAAGUAUAUA